CUACGUCACAUGACGCAGCCCAUCAUGGCGGCGAGAGCGCGGCUGCCCGGGCCCGCGGCUCCGCAGGGCUGCUGCUGUCGCUGCUGUUGAGAGGCGGCGGCGGCGGCGGCGGUACAGGCGGGCGGGAAGGAUGGUGUUUCUGCGGCUGGAGCGGCAGGUGCGGACCAGGAGCCGGACUAAAAUUUGGUCGAAGCUACGUGUGCUCCGGAGCAGCCUGCGCGGGUGCCGCUGAGGCAGCGGAAGGAGGCAGGACCGACUGACGGACGAACGGUAGGACAGAAGCAAGGCUACCGGAGAGCCGGCCCCGGAGCCACGCCGUGGGCGAGAUGCCGGGACCGCCGGGGCUGCGGCUGCUGCUUGUGUUGCUGCUGCUGCUGGCCGCCGGCCGUGCCGGGGCCGCGCCACUUCCGCAAACAGGUGCAGGGGAGGAGGCACCUGCUGCUGAAGUUUCCUCAUCUUUUGUGAUCCUAUCUGUGUGCAGUUUAAUGAUAUUAAUAGUGUUAAUUGCAAACUGUGUAUCUUGCUGUAAGGACCCAGAAAUAGACUUUAAGGAAUUUGAAGAUAAUUUUGAUGAUGAGAUAGAUUUCACACCACCAGCAGAAGAUACUCCCUCUGUUCAGUCCCCAGCAGAGGUCUUCACACUUUCAGUACCAAAUAUUUCACUACCAGCUCCAUCACAGUUCCAGCCUUCUGUAGAAGGUUUGAAGUCUCAAGUUGCCCGCCACAGUCUAAACUACAUACAGGAAAUUGGAAAUGGCUGGUUUGGAAAGGUCCUCCUUGGAGAGAUUUACACAGGCACUAGUGUAGCAAGAGUAAUAGUGAAGGAGUUAAAAGCAAGUGCAAGCCCAAAGGAACAAGAUACUUUUUUGAAAAAUGGAGAACCCUACUAUAUUCUUCAGCACCCAAAUAUUCUUCAGUGUGUUGGACAAUGUGUAGAAGCAAUUCCCUAUCUUCUGGUGUUUGAGUUCUGUGACUUGGGCGACCUGAAAACGUAUCUACGUACGGAGCAGGAGCACAUGCGGGGGGACUCGCAGACCAUGCUGCUGCAGAGGAUGGCAUGUGAAAUUGCUGCAGGGCUGGCCGCCAUGCACAAGCUGCACUUCCUGCACAGUGAUUUAGCCCUGCGGAAUUGUUUUCUUACCUCUGACUUAAAUGUGAAGGUGGGAGAUUAUGGAAUAGGAUUCAGCAGGUACAAGGAGGAUUAUAUUGAAGCAGAUGAUAAAAAAGUUUUCCCUCUGCGAUGGACUGCUCCAGAAUUAGUAACCAGCUUUCAAGACAGAUUACUAACUGCAGAUCAAACUAAAUAUAGUAAUAUCUGGUCCCUGGGCGUGACACUCUGGGAGCUUUUUGACAAUGCUGCACAGCCAUAUUCAAACCUUUCCAACCUAGAUGUUCUCAAUCAAGUUAUUAGAGAGAGAGACAUAAAGCUUCCUAAACCCCAGCUGGAGCAGCCUUAUUCUGAUAGAUGGUACGAAGUCUUACAGUUCUGUUGGCUGUCACCAGACAAGCGACCCGCAGCUGAAGACGUGCAUAGGCUGCUGACUUACCUGCGGAUGCAAAGCCAGAGGGACUCAGAAGGUGACUUUGAACAACAGUGGAAUGCUCUUAAGCCAAAUACGAACAGCAGAGACACUUCAAAUAAUGCUGCAUUCCCAAUCCUCGACCAUUUUGCCAGGGAUAGGCUUGGUCGUGAAAUGGAGGAAGUCCUCACUGUGACAGAAACAAGCCAGGGCCUGAGCUUUGAAUAUGUCUGGGAGGCUGCUAAGCAUGACCACUUUGAUGAGCACCGUCGGGGCCCCCCAGAUGAAGCCUUGUCCUACACAAGCAUCUUCUUUCCGGUUGAAGUUUUUGAGAGUUCACUUUCAGAUCCUGGGCCCGGAAAACAAGAUGACAGUGGCCAGGAUGUCCCCCUGAGGGCCCCCGGAGUGGUUCCUGUUUUUGACGCCCACAACCUUUCUGUGGGAAGCGACUAUUAUAUUCAAUUAGAAGAAAAGAGUGGCAGCAACUUGGAGCUUGAUUAUCCGCCUGCACUGCUCACAACUGAAAUGGAUAAUCCAGAAAGAAUCAGUGCUGAGCCAUCCCAGCUUACAGCGCUCAGGAACCUUGAAUUCGAGGAAUCCAGUACAGAUGAGGAUUUCUUCCAAAGCAGUGCAGACCCCAAAGAUUCUAGCUUACCAGAGGACUUACAUGUUACUAGUGGCCCUGAGAGCCCUUUCAACAAUAUAUUUAGCGAUCUGGACAAAUCAGAGGAUUUACCCAGUCACCAAAAAAUAUUUGACUUAAUGGAACUCAAUGGAGUCCAAGCUGACUUUAAGCCGACCACUUUAAGUUCAAGUUUGGAUAACCCCAAAGAGUCAGUAAUAACCUGCCACCUUGAGAAAGAGAAGCCCCAUAAGCUUUUUGACUCUGAGCCUCUUUGCCUAUCAGAAAAUCUUAUGCACCAAGAAGAUUUUGAUCCAUUGAAUGUUCAAGAAUUAUCAGAAAACUUUUUAUUUCUUCAGGAGAAAAACUUACUAAAAGGCUCACUGUCCAGCAAAGACCAUGUAAAUGAUCUUCAAACAGAACUGAAGAAUGCUGGUUUUACCGAAACUAUAUUAGAAACGUCACGUAGAAACUCCUUAGAUACUGAGCUUACAAUUCCUGAAAAUAAACCAAGUUUUUCUUUGUUACAGGAAAAUGUAAGCACAAAGGGUAAAGAUACAGAUGUCAUGCUCACAAGCAACACUCUGAGCACCUUCUUACAGUCUUCCCCGGAAGUGCAGGUACUUCCUACCUCACUCGAAACAGAAGCAGCACCUCACAGUGUACCUCCAGAUUCGUUCCCGAAACAGGGAGAAACCAAACCCACAUGUUCAGAUGUCCGUGUCCCUGAAGACUGUCUCUGCCAGGACAUCCAUUCAGACACUGUGACUGUCUCUAUUGAAAUUCUCUCGACUGAUGCCAAGACACAUGGUGUCAGCGACGGGACCCAGGACUCUCUUCACCUUAGUGAGGAGACCUUAAGACUGACCAAAAGUGACUCGGUUCUUGAUGAUGUUAUGUCUAGUAGGGUGAGUUUAGGGAAUAGUCUUCCAGAAUUGGGACAGAACUUACAAAACAAACCAGCUUCUGAAAACCAUCACAAUAAUAGUUUGCUAGAGAAAAACUUGGAAGCUGUGGAGACUAUAAAUCAGCUCAGUUAUAAGGAUGCUACAAAAGAAACAGGCUUGGUGUCUGCCCUUUCUUCAGAUUCUACCAGUCAAGAUAGCCUUUUAGAAGAUAGCUUGUCAGCGCCCUUUCCAACCUCAGAACAGUCCCUGGAAACUCCAGACUCUUUGGACUCAGUGGAUGUCCAUGAAGUGUUACUGGAUUCUAUAGGUUCUCACGCUCCUCAGAAACUCUUGCCCCCGGAUAAGCCAGCAGACAGUGGCUACGAAACAGAGAAUUUGGAGUCUCCCGAGUGGACUUUGCACCCUGCUUCCGAGGGUACCUCAGACUCAGAACAGGCCACUGCAGGUAAUGGCGGUCACAGCGGUUUAUCUCCCAACCCAGUCAUCAUCAUCUCAGAUGCAGGUGACAGUCACAGAGGGACAGAAGUGACAGCGAGCCCACAGACAUUUGCUUCUGGCUCCCAAAGUUCAUAUCGAGACUCUGCAUACUUCUCAGAUAACGACUCUGAGCCUGAUAAAAAGCCCGAGGAGGUCCCAGGAACCUCCACAUCAGCCUUGGUGUUGGUACAGGGUCAGUCCUUGCCCGAGCCAGUCAUCCCAGAGCAAAGUCUCAGUGCCAAAGAUAGUUGCCUGGAAGCCAGAAAGAGCCAGCCAGAUCAAAGUUGUCUAUCUGCUUUGCAAAAUUCCAGUCAACUGGAAUUAAGAGAAACAUCGGAGCCAGCACAGGCUGAUGUUUCCAAACAGAUACACCCUACGGAAGAUGAGGCAGGCAGUCCCUUGAGCUUGCUGAAUUCAGAACUUAGCAGUGGUGAGGACUUCGAGACACAAGAGGAUCGCCCCUGCACCCUCGCUUCCACUGGAACGAACACGAAUGAACUUCUUGCAUAUGCAAAUUCUGCAGUGGACAAAUCCUUAUCCAGCCACUCCGAGGGCCCCAAAUUGAAGGAGCCAGAUAUCGAAGGGAAGUACUUGGGGAAACUCAGUGUGUCGGGGAUGCUUGACCUCUCUGAGGACGGGAUCGAUGCAGAUGAGGAGGACGAAAACAGCGACGACUCUGACGAGGACCUGAGGGCCUUCAACCUGCACAGCCUCAGCUCUGAGUCAGAGGACGAGACUGAGCACCCUGUGCCCGUGAUCCUCAGCAGUGAGGAUGGGAGGCACUUGCGGAGUCUGUUGAAACCCUCGGCAGUUGGGGCCACUGAUGAGCUACCUGACCGCUGGAAGAAAGAAAAGAAGGCGGUGACAUUUUUUGAUGAUGUCACAGUCUACCUGUUUGACCAGGAGACCCCGACCAAGGAGCUGGGGCCCUGUGGAGGAGAGGCGUGUGGCCCCGGACUGAGUGGCCCAGCGCCGUCCUCAGGCUCGCCCUACCUGAGCAGGUGUAUAAACUCCGAGAGUUCCACUGAUGAAGAAGGUGGAGGCUUUGAGUGGGAUGAUGACUUCUCCCCUGAUCCUUUUACGUCCAAGACAGCAAGUAACCUUCUCAGCUCCAAGCCCUCUCUUCAGACGUCCAAGUACUUUUCUCCGCCGCCGCCAGCCCGGAGCGGGGAGCAGAGCUGGCCGCACGCAGCGCCCUACUCCAGGUUCUCCAUCUCGCCCGCCAAUAUCGCCAGCUUUUCUCUCACACACCUGACCGACUCCGACAUUGAGCAAGGAGGAAGCAGCGAGGAUGGAGAAAGAGAUUAGGUGGCUGCCGACGCUCCCGGGCCAGGCUGCUCCCCAGCGUGGCAUUCCUGUGCCCUCAGCUGGAGCAACGACAUCCACUCGCCAUUUGCCGACGCGAGACGGGAGAGUCAGAGGCGAACAGGGCGGCGGCUGAGCCGUGUUCGAUGCGGCCCGCAGAGCCGGUGGGGAGUGAGGCCGCAGCCUCAGCGCGCAUCUGCAGCUGCUCUGCACGCUCAGCACUCCGUCGGCAUCCUGGGGAGGCCCACGCUGCCUCUGUGUGCGUGUGUGGAACCGGGCGUGUCUGCUGGACACGCGGGUGUCCCUGUGAGCACACCUGCACACCUGAUCUGCGCGGGCGCCACAGGGACGCACCAGGGGAAUGGUCACGAGUGAGCCAUAUUGAUUACUUUGAAAGAAAUCACUACUUACUUUCUGUAAUUGCACUGUGGAUGAAUGUCUCCGAGUCUCCGAUGUUGUACAGAACUUAAAUUAUUCAAGGAAAAUAAGGCAGGUCAAGCUGGUGCUACCCACUAGUUUGAUUUUUUUCUGUUUUAUAGUUCGUUUGCUCUGCAUGGUACUUGUGAAGCUUAACUAUUUUGAGUGUCAUGCCGUCUUUAGAAUUGUUGGAAUUGUACAUAUGGUACUCUUUCAUAAUGAUAAAUGAUUCUGAAUGUCAGUGUUUUAUGUUCCUAUAGGAAAUAUUUUCAGAGAGUCCAAAAAUACCACUCUGUUUGUUGAUUGACUCAAACACAUUUUUUGUCUCUCCUCUCUGAGGCAGUUUCCCUGGAGCUGAUGAGCUCCUCUCUGAGGAGCUGAGGGGUCUUGCAGCCUCUCUGUGUAAUUCUCCCACCCUGCCCCUGAUUUUUUAAAGCCCUUUAGUAAAAUUUGGCAGAUGUUGCACCCCAGAACUGAGCUAUAGCUUGCCGUGCCCAGGUCCCCAGCCCUCCCCAGGGACAUUAUGGUUUGAGGGUCAGGUGAGCUGCCAGCAGAGCUUGGUGUGGCCAGACUGCUGUGCGGCUUCAGCGUUCCUGUGACCCCGUCCUUCCAGAAGGCGGGGAGCUCAGAAGAAGAUGCAUCUCCACACCAAGCGCCCGUUGUCGAGGAUGGUCCAAGUUGAUGCUGUGUACGUACUUCAAGUGUUGUCAAUCUGAGCUCUUAAAAAAUCUCCACAGCUGAAUUUUCCCCUCUAAGCCACUCCAAGUCACAUCCAGGUGUGACCUGUCUCUUUGUAACCUAGGAGAUACGCUCCAUCCUGCUGCUGAGGGGGGACAAAGAACAACAGCAGAGUCUCAGCAGCCACAUGUCCUGAUGGGGACCUUGUGUGGUCGUCACAUGCUGCAUGGCCCUGGGGCUCAGCUACACGGACCCAUCCCUCCCGCAUCCAGCGCCAAGUUUUCCUGUUGCUUUGAAAAGGACCAAGCACUCCCAGCGCAGCAGCUUCGUCACGUUGGCAGGAGCCGGGUGGUCCCACACGAGGCUGACCGUGUUCUGCCCUCCUUAAGUUCUUUUCUGACACGAGGAAGACCUGGAGGCUGGCACGGUGCAGCUGUACUGAGCUGAGGAGGCACCUUUGACACUGGAGGUCCUCAGGCCUGCGGUCCCCUCAUACUGGCCAUCACCCCAGAUAUUUUCCGGUGCUGAUACGUUUCCACACUCCAGCAUAACCCUGGGCUGGCUCUCCAGGCCUGUGCUGGGGCUUUCUGGUGUAGAUCGGGGGAACUCAGGUCCUGAUGCAACAUGCAGGUUGGAUGUUGGCCCCAGAGUGUACAUAGCAAGUUACAACCUUGGUUAUCAAUUGGGUUCACUCCGUGAAUUUUUUUAUACUUAGCAAUAACUUUCCAAGGUAUGGAAAGCGAGAUUGAAGAGUGUCCCCCAACUCCCGGCGUGGUAUGAACACGGUGCACUUCUGGGCUGUGCAGAGAGCACUGGCCCUUGUGAUGUGCUUAUUUUGAGGAAAAAAAAUUUAACAGGGCAUUAGAAGAUUUUGCCAAAAUUGUCAUAACUCUGGAUUCUUGCUAGGGGAUUUCCUGAGUUUUCUCCAUUUUUGCAUCUGUCAGUCUUGGUUGAAGAACUGUGAGGCGAUUAGACUAAUUUUUCCAGAUUAUGGGCUUAAGAAGUUCAGAUGAAAUUACUCAAGUCACGCAGGUCCAAAGGAUAUGAGUCUUCUUAUUGGUCUUACUGAUAUUUUGGGCCUGUACAUUUUUCACUAUGAUUAAAGAGAUUUUAACAACACAAUUCCCAUUUUUAUUUAUUUUAAGCCUAUAUCACUCUUCAUAAUUAAUUGCCAAAAAAGCAUUUUAUACAUUAAGUUGGGGGUGGGUAGUGGGAUCUUAGUGUGGUGUUGCAUGGAAGGGAAGAUUUUAUAUUUAUAAAAAACACGUGAGUUAACAUGUUCUUUUGAAAUCUCAAGCAAUACACAGGAAAUUUAAUAACGUAGAGUAAAAAUUUCAGCCCAUUUUUGAAAUGCGAGCAUGUGCUCUGAGUUGUCCGAUUCGGUUUUUUAGUUUUGUUUUUAUUUUUUGUUUUGUUUUGUUUCUCACUAAUAAGUUGGUUACAAGUGAUGGGUUUUCAAAAUGUACUCGUUCUUAAUAAAUUGCGCAAUGAAAUAAGUCAAUGGCAUUCUCUAGAUGACGUGGGAGGUUAGAGUCCUGGUGCACUGGGAGGGUUCCUGGCCUCCUUGGGUCACAAUCCAGAAUUGAGCAGAUUUUAAUUAGUCUCACUUUGGUGGAGUUUGCAUAUUUUAAGUCCUAUAUAAAAACUAAUCUUUCAUUUAAAAACAAUUUAAUAUUCAAAAGAAAUACUCAUGCUAUCCAAUGACCCUGUUAUACGCCAGAGAGAGCAGUGCAGAAAAAGUGCUCCCCAGAUCCUCCCCAGACGUGGCCGGUGUGUCCGGGCAAGAAGCCAUUCGUCUCGAAGGUAGGGGAGCUCGGCCAGCUGAACUGGACACGGAGCAUCCAGGCCCCAUGACUUCUACAGAGACGGGUUUAUCUAAGAAGAGUCCUUGUACUCUUGCGGCCAUGAAAGGCCGUCCCAAACCUCUUCCUCUUGUUCAUGUUUCCCAUAGGGUUUUUGUAGAGCUAAGGACCUCCUGUGCACGUGUUGGUCCUGAGGGCCCAGAGGGAGGCAGCUCUCUCUCCUCCGAGGCUCAGCCCAGUGUCUGGAAAUCCAGAAGUGAACCUGGUGUUAACAUCCAAAGGUGGGCGUCUGUUGUAGGGGCUUCAAAGUGUGAGCCCUAGGAGAAGUAGCCUUCAAAUAAGAAUGGGUGUACACAGUUACUUCCGAUUUCAGUCUCAAAAACAUUGUUCCUAAACAGUGAAGGGGUUGGCUCCAGUUUUGGCUGUUAACACAGAAAAUUCUCGUUAGUCUACAAAUAAAUUCUUAAAGAUGUGUUGACUGUUGAAUUACCGGCAACCUAUCAAGAUGAGUCUGAGCAACUGGGACACGGGCAGUUUCAGAGUUCAGGCUUGCACGGGCGUGGCUGGGUCUUGAACAUGGGACCGGUGUGCGCUGUCUGCCGUAUGGGGCGGGCACACGGGCCAGGGCUCCCCGCUGUACUUUUAACACGGUCAGAAGAGGUUCAUGGCAAUAUAACAGUUAAUGAACUUUCGGUUUAAAUUGUGUACAUUUUUAAAUUGUAAGAUUUUUACUGUAUAUUGAGGCAUAGUGUGAUUCAAUAAAUUGCUUGUAAUUUAAAAACUAUUUAAUAUUCAAAAUAAAUAUAGUUAUAUAUUUAUAAA